UUUGUGAAUAUUUGAUAUCCAAAACCAAAUCUUAUGGAUAUUAAUUAAUAAAUAAUAAUUAAUAUUAUAAUUCUUAUCUUAAUUAAUAGUUCUUACCUGUCCCUAUUCUUGCGUAGGUGGCCAGGCCCCCAAAUCGCCUAGGCGCUUUCUUGAACAUUGGUUUUCACUAAGUCAAACCAAAUGUAUGGACAUUAUUGAAUGAUGAUGACUGAUACUUAUAAAUCCUAAAAAGUUCAGUAUAGUUGUUCAAAUUCACAAGUGUAACUAAUAUAAAGCAUGUGAACCGCUAUAUCAUAUAGUAAUUGUUUAACUAAAACUAGCUCCCCCAUGGCCGGUCCCAAGCCGGUUAUGCCAGUCCCAAGCCCGGAUAAAGGACGAGGGUUGUGUUAGGUAAGGCAGCCAGCGUAAAAUUUUGCCACAACUUUUCAUGAAUCUUGAACCUAUGUUUGGCGGAACAAGAUUCGUGUAGCCGACCUAAAUAUUUAGGAUAAGGCUCGGAUGAUGAUGAUGAUGCACUCUAAUCCUUUAUGUUCAUAAUGUUUUCUUAAUUAGGAUAGACAAAGCUCUUGGCCGAUUUUAUGGAAUCACUAUUGAGAAUUUUGAACUAGGUGUGUAAUGUUCAUGCUGCUACCCCUUUUGUGUCUACGUCGUGCUUCUUGCUUUGCCUGGGGAAGUGGUCCAGAGUCGUACAUAAAUUUACAUGAGCUUUUCCAAGUUUGUAUAAGACCAAAGCGGCCAAUUCUGAUUGGCAAAUUUGCUCACAAUCUUUGACGUGCAAAAUCCUAGAAAAAUAUCAUGUUGUGAAAAUUGGAUUCUUUGCCUAAGUACAUUACAUUCACAUGUAUGAAGGGAAUUUGAUCAAUCGAUGCUUUGUAAAUGAUAUCAAUUUACACACCCAAAUCUCUUCUUGUUCUGCAUAUUUUUUAGUUAAAAUGUUUGCUCUGUAACUUGGUUGGAGUGAAGAACUCGCUAUGUUGAUUAUGAGUACGAACUAUGAAGUUGCAUAUGAAAGAAAUAGUGUGCAGAAUGGAAGUUGCAGUGUAAAGAAUAAUGGGGACCACUGGAAUCAAAUGUGCAUGGGUAGUUCAUUUUGGGAUGAACAAUUACUCAUUCUUUAUGGCAGUUGUGGAGUUGCCCCUUUCUAUGUAUGCUCUCUAUAAGUAGGCGCUUAGGUGGCCAGGGGGGUCCAGGGCGCUCAGUGCUUAAGUGACCGCUUAGGUGGGCACCCAGAACCUGAGCAGCCUAGUAGAAAGAAAAAUGUCUCUGUAGUCUAACAAUAUAAGUAUAAUUGUAUAACACAUAAGAGUUAGGGACUUAGGGCACAUCAAAUGUAUAGUACACAUGUCCACGUAGCACACACUCCUCCAUGCUCCAUAAGUCUAUAUCUACUUAUCCUUAGUUUGAUAGUCCACACUUUCCACGUAGUGUUUUUGGGUUUUUUUCUCUCUAAAAUAGGCUCUAAUGGGGUUUAGGUUUCAAAUGAACCUAAAACUCACGAUUUUACCCCUUUUACAUUAAAAGAAAUGACCAAAAAAUGCCCUCAACGAGGAGCAUUUCCGCCCCUGGGGACCCGUCUAGGUGAGUUCCCUGGCGCCUAGGCGAGUGCCCAGGGACAACCUGCCUAAUUUGGCCACCUAGGCCUGGGCGAUGCGCCCAGGCUUUUUGGACCACCUAGGAGCUGGGUGGUCUGUUUUUUAAAAAAUGGGCAGGAUAGUAGCUUGUUCAUAGUGCAUUGGGAGCCCUUUAUAGUCAGUAAUUCACUUUUCCUGAGUAACCACAAGUUUUCUGCUGCUGAGUGUUUUUAAUUUGAAAUGAUUUGUCAAGUGACCAGGAUGAUUAGAUUAUAGAAUAAUUAGGAGAAGUUACACUCUAGGCUGAUGGGCCAUAUAGGAUUCUUGUUAUGUUCCUGGUGUAAUUAGUAAGCUUCUCUUUGUUAGGUUAAUUUUAGGUUAGAACUUAACUGAUCUGUCUUUUUGGCGUAAAAACUUCAUUAAGGCUACAAUGAUGAGUAUAUUUCUUUCUCGAUGGGAAAACAGGAUGAGAAAUAAAAUUCUUACACUAGGUUCCCUCAAAGGCUCAAAACUACUACCAUUUUAUACUAGAUUCUUAUAUUCCAUAACCAUAUAUACCAUGCUGAAUUUGUCAUGAAAAGCAUUAUAUGAUGAAAUAAAUGUUUGCAUUUCUUUAUUCUUGAUGAUGCAUGUAAUGAGGGUUAUCAACGUAGUAUGUCACUAAGGCAUCCAUCUGUUCUUUGAUGUGGUUUCCAUUGUAUCUUGGGUUUUGGAUCACAUACAUGCUGAUGUAUCAGGAAAGGGUUGCAUUAUGUAGUUGUCUAUGCAUUCAAACCUGUAGUUCUCAUUGAUGCUUGUCAUGUAAUGAUAUCUUGUUCUCUCUUAUGAAAUAUGAAAUUUUAAGUGCUUAGAAAAGUUCAAGUACACUCCUUCAAAUUCUCUUCAUGCAAAUCAAUAUCUAAAGAUAUCAGUCUUGGUAUUUAAAUAAUCUCAUUUAUCAUGGAUGCUACUAGUCUGGCUGGGUGAUGUGUGCCAAUUAACAGCAUCCAGAUGGGGACAUGGAAUUUUUUGUGGUUCCUAACAAAGAAGGUAGCAACUGGAGCACUAAUAGGCAUCACCGUUUCUGAUCGAUUUGCAAGCAUUGUUUCCAUCAAUGGAAUGUCCAUGCACCCAACCUUGACACCAGGAUCUACAACCUUGAUGGGAUGGUUGAAAGGUGAUCAGGUUUUACUGGAGAAAUUUUGCCUUGAUAAAUACGAGUUCUCUCAUGGUGACAUUGUGGUAUUCAAGUCCCCAUCCAAUUACAAGGAGACCUGCAUUAAGCGAUUGAUAGCCUUACCAGGAGAUUGGAUGAAGGUGCCCGAGACAUAUGAGAUAAUCGAGAUUCCUGUAGGUCAUUGCUGGGUCGAGGGUGAUAAUGCUGCUUCUAGCUUAGAUUCGAGGACAUUUGGACCGAUCCCAUUAGGUCUAAUUCAAGGGAGGGCAGUCUGCAUAAUUUGGCCACCGGAAAGAGCUUGCAAAGUAGAAAGAAGGAUACCAGAAGGAAGGAUUUCAUCAUAUUGAUGUAGCCAUGGACCAAGCCCAUCUGAAUCUCCAUUAUAGUUUUCAAGAUUGGUUCAAUUCGAGGGAGGUAGUUCUGAUAAAGUUCAGCAAUUUUGCCUGUAUUUUUUUUGAGAUUAAUGGAGAAAGGUUCUAUUUUUGAAUUGUAUUGUGAUAUUUAAUAAUUGAAUUAUUGGAUUUUGAUUCAUUGAAGAAACUCUCUCUUU